GUGUUCGACCCCAUCACCACUUCCUUCCUUGCACGCAAAUUAAAAAUCAACAACCAAAAUUCUCAAUCUAUUUCCCUCUCCAACCAAUACAAAGAUUUUCUCCUCCUGUUCCUCAUCUCCUCUCCCCCUCCGUUCUCGGCAGAUUCCGGCGAAGCUCCGGCCAUGGGCCCGAUCGUGCUGACUCAGCUGGGCCUCAGCAUGUUGGCAGGCGCCGUCCUCGUCAAGUCGGUCAUGGACCAGAAGCCCAUGGCCGGCCCUUUCCAGCGGUGCUCGACCUGCAACGGCACGGGCCGCGUCGCCUGCCUAUGCUCCCAAUGGUCCGACGGGGACGUGGGGUGCCGGACCUGCUCCGGGUCUGGACGGAUGGCGUGCAGCAGCUGCGGCGGGACUGGCACCGGCCGGCCCAUCCCGGUCCAGCUCUCGGUGAAGCGCCCGAACCGCCCUUAUUGAGCCGGCCCGACUUCUCCUCGUAGUUCUAUAAUCGUCGGUACAAAUUCAAUCCUGCGCCUUUUUUUUUUUUCUUUUUUUUGUACUUCCGAAAGAUUAAAGUGAUGUAAUAUAAUCAGCAGUAGUAAAACAGCAUAUACGUUGGAGAAAGAGAUGAGAAUGGCAUUAGGCCUCGUAAUGUAAUGUUUUAUUUUGAUCAAUUCCCAUUCUCAUAUCAAACGACAACUUCAUCGUUACUUCAUAGCUAUUUGAUUUGUUCUUAUUUUUCUUGCCAUAGAAAUUCGAGCCAAAAUGGUAUAAAUUUUGUUGGUAAUGUAUAUAUUUCGUCGGUAUCACAA